CACGUUUGGCUUUAGCUGUAUAAGCGCGCGUGCGUGUGUGUGUGCGUGUGUUAGUGUCGUUAUGCUGUCAUCUAUUUGCAUAGCUACAUACAUGCACAGACAUGCGUAAAUUGUUUGCGUUUUCAAAGUUUAUCGACUAACGCUGCAGUAAACACUGAAAAGGCACUUAGUUGCUGCAUCUCAGAAACAACAACACAACAACAACAACAACAAACACAAGAGAGGCAACUGAGGCAGCUCGUUUGGCAACCAGCACAAAAGUAUGCAGCGAAAAAUUGCAUUGUCUGUCAAGGACAAAACAAAACACCCUGCCAUGUAGCGACUGGCGUCUAGUCUGCCUGUGUGCGUGCGUGCGUGCGUUCGUGCGUGUAUAUUUGUGUGCGUGUGUAAGUGUGCGUGUGUGUGUGUGUGCCUAUUGUAAGCGAAAGGGUAUCAAAAAUCAUCGAGACACGAAACUAGCUCAAACAUUCAAGAGCACCAAAAACGGAAAAACAGAAUCACACGAAUAACAACAACAACAACAACAGCAACACAGCCUGCAGCUAAACAACAGAAACAACAGCAGCAGCAGCAGCAGCAGCAGCAAGAACAUCCCCAGACAGGGCAAGUCGAUCCACCCCAAUCGACAUUUGGCGCCAGUUGGACAACAUCGUGGCCACCAUGUGGUUUCAUGCUUCAACAAUGCUCCGUCUAUUUCCAAUACUUUUCGCUCUGCUGCGGCUGCCCGUUCAAGUCAAGGCACGAUUCUGCGAGGGCGGGCACAUCUGUUCACUGCCCCGGGAAUGCUGCACCCAAGGCUGCUGUCCGCCGUAUCAGAGCGGGCCUAGGCAGCUGCCACCACCGUCGGAGCACGUACUGAACCUGUUCUUUAUCAGUCACUGGUUCUUUUGGUGCGUCGUGGUGGCCGUCAUUUUGGCCAUCCUCUGUGCCUACUCGCUUUGGAAGAAGCGUCGCACACUGUGCGGCUGGGGCUUCACGGAGCAUCACACCCAAUCCGAGGGCGACUCCGCCGGCUCGUGCUAUGCACCGCCGCAGUACAGUCGCUGCAACUCGUUCCAUCAUCCGCCGCCGCCCUACACGGAGGUCACCUCGAAGCCGGAUCUCUAUCCGCUCGUCUUCACGUGCAACAACGAAAACAGCAAAGGCAACGCCGGCUCCAGCUAUCUGAUGGUGCAAUACUUUCGCAACUAUAUUGUGCGUCCGGCGGGCUCGCUGAGCGCCGCCAGCACCGUGGACUCGCUCAGCUCCAGCUUCAUUUGCAACAUCAACGAGGCCAACACGCUGGUGCCGCCGCCCUACUCCCGUGCAGCCAGCCCCGAGCUCGGCCUGCACUACGGGGCCAACCGAGAGCCGCCGCCCAACGGCCAGCUGGCGGCACCGCAGUACGGCCUGCCUCGCUCCGCAUCGCAGCUGGUGGAGCCGGAGUACCAGCCGCGCGCGCACUACGCCACCGUCGCCCUGGACAGGAAUGUGGGCCUGGGCUCGGGCACGGCCCACUACAGCACGCGACUGCACAACUCGCACAGCGGCCACUUCUCGCCCGACGAGUCGGCCAUGGACUCCGCCGGGCUGGUGCAUGUGGGCGGCGUGAGCGGCGGGUUCCUGCAGUCGCAGAGCGACCAGCACUUCCGCUACAUGGCGAACAGUCGCAGCAGCCUCAGUGAUAUCUUCGUGAACAACAGCUGCGUGGCGGGCUUCGGUGCGCCGGCAGCGGGGACGGCAGCGGCGGCCAACGAGGCCGGCGGCAUGGCCAGCGGCGUCGCCACGCAAGCGACGUCCCUCUGCAGCCUGGCGCUGGCGGCCGGCGGCACGCCUGUGAUGUACAACAACGGCUGCAUCCAGUCGAAUCCGCUGCACAGCCUCGAGAACUGCUGCCAGCUGGUGUCGGCUGUGGAGGCGGCAGCGGCGGCGGCGGCCGCGGCGCCGACCACAGGCAGCACAGUGUCGGGCGUGAGCAGCCUCUCGAACAUAGGCACACCCGGCUCGCCGCCACAGGCGACCAGUCCGACGGGCGAGGUGCGCGAGAUUCUCGACCAGAUUAGCAAGCUGCAGGCCGACGUCAGCUACGAGCAGCUGCUGCUAGCCAAGCCGCAGUUGCCGUUGGCGCGCCCGGCCUCCUUGCAGCACCAGCAGUCCACAUCGAGCCCGACCGCGACCACGCCCACAGCGGCAACGCCCAGCAGAGCCAAGAAGUUCUACGCCUCGAAGCCGCCCAACAAGGCGCUCUACAUACCAAUGGCCGUGGUGACGCCGCCGGCGGCCCAGCGCUGCGUGCUCAAGAGUCCCAUCAGCAGCGUGGUCAGCGGCGCCAACUUCUUCGUGAAUCGCGGGCGGGUCGCCCGCAAAGGCUGGAUCUCGCGCUCGGCACCCACGACGCCGGGCAGCGGGCUGCCGCCCAAUCGGCUGGGCGACGACAGUCCCCUGCUCAACGAGCACGACGAGCAGGACGAGGACGCCAUCGAGGACGAAGACCAAAGCCAAGACGAUCAGCUCGAAUAGACAGCAGCAGCUCAAGCGUCACCUAGAUGUAAGCUUUUAAUCAAAACGCAACUUAGUAGGCGGUCAAAGGACAUCAGAGUGCCAAAAAAUACCAAAAAAAAUUA